AUGAGUCGUCAUGGAAGAUACGAUAACCCUCAAUGGGACUCAGACCCUCGACACAAGAAGGUGAUAAUAGACCGGAGGGGCACUGACUCGGCCUACGACCCGCGGCGUCCUCGAGACUCACAUCCUGAUAGCCGACCAAAGCCGAGUCCCUAUGCUCCGAACUUCAAGGAAGCUGGCCAAGGCCGGUCUCAAACAUUCGCAACUAUUAUCAAACCCGAGAUUCCUGUCCCUUACGUGAAGAACCCCCAACCAUAUGAGGGCGAGUCUUUGAGGGACUACAGAUACUACAAGUCACUUCAUGACCGUUACGAUGAGACCAACCACAAGUACAAGGUACUCGACCCUGUCCAUAAGAGCAGGAAAUACACGCACGAGCAGCGUGAGGAGGCCCAUGGACAAGGGAUUGCUUUGGCCAAACUAGCACAGCGGCAGGCAAAAGAAAUUGCCGCUGCACGUACGGGGUUUGACCACAAAUACCCCUGCGCCCAACCUUCCUUGGCGGAUAAGGAGCGCCACAACGGCGAAGUCUUGAAAGCCAUGCAGAAUGCCAAAAAAUAUAACGAGUACGAAAAGAUUAUUGAGGCUAAGAGGACCGGAUGGCGAGAGAAAAGGCUUGCUGGGACCCUUCGUAAGGCCUAG